AUGGGGGAACUUCCUUCUGAACCUCCAGGGCUUCUGAUGGAACAAGACUUCAUUUCGCCCGAAGCCGAACGUGAACUGUUAAAGGUUUUCGCACAUCUCGAGUGGCCAACAUUGCCCGGUCGCCGGUCUCUUCACUACGGCUACACCUUCAGUUACAAGACGUUUGGGAUUGACCGCGAUAUCCCCUUCAGAGCGUUUCCCGACUGGCUAGUCCCGCUGCUGCCGCAGAGAGAGAACAGGCCGCCCGACCAGGUGUGCUUGCAGCAUUACCCCCCCGGGGCCGGGAUCCCGCCUCACGUCGACACACACAGCGCAUACGACCAGCUCUAUUCGCUGUCGCUGGGCUCCCCGGUGUGCAUGCAAUUUCGCGACGGCGACUCGGGCCACAAGGUCGAGGUGGACUUGCCACCGAGGAGCCUGGUACAGCUCGGUGGCGAUUCACGACUGCACUGGACGCAUGGUAUAAGAGCCCGCAAGACGGACACGCUGCCUGAUGGGACGGUACGGCCGAGGCAGGAUCGCUGGAGCAUCACGUAUCGGUGGUUGCGGGAAGGGGCCACGUGUGAAUGCGGAAAUGAAAAGCUGUGCGAUACUGCGCAAAGCCGACGGGGCAUCGAAAGAGCAUACAGAUGGCAGAAGACGAGUGCUGACGACGCUGGAAAUAAGACCAGUUGA